GAAAUGCAGUGCAGUCACCCCCCAACCAUCUCUCUCCCUGCUCUCCUGUCUGCUUCUCCUCCUGCCUCCUCUCCUGCAGUUUGGCCGCCCCCCGCGGGGUCCCCAAGGCCAGCGCUAUGAAGCUUGUCUAUGUGGGUGUCUCUGCAGGGGUGAUCAGCAUGGCUGUGUUAGUCUUCUACUUUUGUUUUACUUGUCAUUGUGCACGGAAUUUCUACGAGAAGGUCCAGUGCCGAUGCUCCAGAUACUCCGCUCCAUGGGAUGCCCCGCUGAGUGGAAAAGAAGACUGCAACAAGAUAGCGGAGGCUUUCACGAAAGCAGUUGCUUCUACGGACCCUAAGCGCAUUGGAGCCGGAGACUAUCAACCACUGAUGGAUCUGGUGAAGCAACAAAAUUUCCCUUGCGACAAGGUCCUUUUUUGGAGCAAAGCAAAAGACCUGGCAGAUAGUUACCAGGGGGAGCUGCUCACCCUGAAUAAACUGCUCGUGGGCUACAUUGCUGAUGGCCUCAUGUGGUGUCGAGACAAAAGCUCUUCUGAAGUGAAGUUUGGCCCUUAUCAAGAAAAGAAUGGAAUCUGCCCUAUGGGUCCUACCCGAGUAUUCUGGGAUGUGGCGUCCAAAUGGUUUGCAAAAAAUGCCUGUAAAAAGGUCCCUGUGUUACUCAAUGGGUCCAACAAAGAGUCUGUCGCCUACAAUGGAUCCAGUGUUUUUGCAAGUGUGGAAGUCCCUAAUUUGUCUUUAGCUGUUACCGCACUACAUGCCUGCGUGAUCCAUGACAGCGAAACCAGGGACUCAUGCUCAGGCUCCAUACAACGACUGAAAUCAGAUUUAAGACGAGACAUUGCAUUUACUUGCGAGCAUACGGACAGGAAGUCAUUUCCUGCAUGUCUGAAUCGUGGGGUUUCACAAUGCAAAUCUGUAUUACGGGACAGUGGCGUGAUCGGUUUAAUCGUUGCACUCUUGCUGUCCAUCAACCUGCCUGACUCGGGAGCCACACUGGUGGGGAGCUGAGGAUUUGAGGGGAGCCCCUGUCAUUUCAACACCGGACAAGACCUUUCUCUCCAGUCUUAACAUAGCUUUUGUUUUGAUGUGGUAUUAUUCAAGAGAAAUCAUUGUAUAAUAUUAGAAUGAAAAUGUUAUCCUGAAUUAUUUCAUUUUAACUCUCCUAUGAAGGGUUUACGUUGGGUAUCUGUGGGCAGCCUCCUUUAUAAAAAUGAGCACAUUUUUCAGUAUGGUGCAUAUUGGUGCUGUCAAGUCCAGGAAGACAAACACCCAAGCUUUCCAGAAAGUGUCACAUUCCACAUGAACGGCCUUGUGUCAGGGUCCAUUUUGAACCCUUUAGGAUCUAUUGAUAGUCAGACUAUAAAUGCCAUGAUCAUGGUCAUGUGGGAAAAGUCUUGUGAGAGCUUCCCAGUGCUUGGUGCGCUGCGCAGUGAGGUUGAUGUUAUUAUCUUCCAUGUGUUAGAUGAGAAAAUGGAAGUGCAGAGAGAUUCUAUCACUGGCCUAAUGUCAUAAUUUAGUUCAGGAAGAGGAUGAUUUUGAACUCGGGUCUGUGGGACUCCAAAGCACAUGUGCUCUCUGUUUUGAGGACUAAACCACAACACUUAACGUGCCUUAUGUUUUCCACCAGUAAGUGCCUGUGAGGUUAAAUACAAUAAAAUCUGGAAUGUGAUUUUUCUGAAUGACUUGAAAACAUACGUUUCUUCCUCCAUUCCGCAGGGCUCAUGGUCUGCUUGGCAGUGCGCGUGCGUGCCUGACCCUGCAGGUGAAGCUUCUCCCUUUUUUCUUGAUCAGUCUAGUUUGGGGACUGUCAGCAUUUUCCACUCAUUCAAAGAAAUCAAUGUUCAAAUUUUUAAAUUGUAUUUUAAUCUUCUCUGUAUCGGUAGAGGUAUAGAAAUUCAUCCUAGUUCCUUGGGGUUUCUUUAUUCAUCUGACUGCAAUGGAAGCUUAAACCAUGGAUUUUUGUCAGUUUUUUUUUUUCUUUUCUAACACAUACAUUUGCUUCAAUAAAGUUUUCUCUGAGUGCU